GAUGUUAGAGCAGCACGCCGCGCUCUCAGGUCGGAAGUGAUUAUACCCUCGCAAAUCGCGUCGACCACACGACAUAUUAUAUUAUACCCAUCGAACAACGUGAUUCUUCGCGGUAAAAUAGCGUAAUAAUAAUAUUAUCUYGUUCGGCGUAACAUAUUAUUUGCGCGAGGAAAGGCGACGAUAUCACAACCGUAAUAAUAAUAUUUUGUCGUAUCRGAAGUAAUACGGAGCUAUAGAGACUCCAACGUCUUGCUUUUUUUUUACGGYCACUGCAAUGUUAGUGGUAACAGUUGGUGCAGAAUAGUGCAGCGGUGUCGUUACGCGGACGACUUUGAAGAUCUUUAUAUAGUAUUCCAUCCAAACGUCAAUAAAAAUAGGUAGAAGUUCUUUGAAUUUUGGAUUACGACUACAAGAACUUAUAUCAUGAAAUAAAAACACUUCAAAAAUAAAGAUCGUAUCGUGUUCACAACUCAACAACGCAUAAUUAUUUAUGGUGUGUUUGAUUAACGGAUGAUUUGGCCACGACAGACGACUACGUCAGUGGUACCAUCAUGUACAGCGUGGUAGCGCAUCAAAACUAUGGCCGAGAACGACGGGACAACCGACAACAGACACAACAGCAUCAGCACGACCAUCAUCAUCACCAUGGCCACCACCACAACCAGAACCAUCAUCACGGGCAACAAGCGGGCGGCGCAAGUUCCGACGGCUGCGGCGGUGGAGGCGGUGGCGUAGGGGCCAGUGGCGGUCUUUGCAGUGACGGUUCGUCGCGGCAACAAGCUCAGCAACACCACCAUCACCCGGACGGGAGAAGACGGUCGCAAAGGCACCGGAAUCUGUCCAUCACCGGACGUUUCCUAAACUAUAUCAAGCGCAGGUUCAACCCGGUACAAGAAGAAGAUAUUGAUGAGUUCAAUAUACACGUAUCAAGAUACAGACCAGAAGAGUUGACAAAACUAACAAAAACCACCAAGUUCAAUAAAAAAGAAAUUCAACUAAUUUAUAGAGGGUUUAAACAGAAACACAUAUUUUCACAGUUUUUUCCUCAAGGUGAUGCCUCACAAUAUGCCCAAUAUGUGUUCAAUACAAUCAAGAGAAAUCAAACUGGAAAAAUUAGCUUCGAGGAUUUUUUGGCCAUAUUGUCCAAAGUUUCUCGAGGAAGUGUUCAAGAGAAACUCCAUUGGAUAUUUGGAUUGUAUGAUCUCAAUAAAGACGGGGUUAUAACAAAAAAAGAAAUGCARGACGUAGUACAUUCCAUUUACAGCAUGCUAGGGAGACAUACUGACCCACAAACAGAUGAUCAAUCUGCAAAAGACCACGUUGACCGAAUUUUUCAUUUAAUUGACAAAAACAAUGACGGUAACGUGACCUUGGACGAGUUGAUCGAAUGGUGCAGCCGGGACGAGGGAAUACUCCAGUCGCUGGACACGUUGGACACAGUUUUGUGAAACGAGCCACGCUCGUCCGACGUGCGGGUGGGCACGAGAGACCGGGCGAGCCUGUUCAAUUGGUAGACAGCCGAAACAAACUUAAAUUAUGUGGUGGCGAGAGAGAACAAAAUUAAAAAACAAAAAUACUAAACAUAAUACACAAUAGUAAAAAAUCAAAGGCCCCGCUAAGACGCCCACAGCAGUUAUCAUCGACCUCUUUUUGGCUUUUUGAGUGAAGGACGUCAGUGUAAUUUUAAAAUAAAUUCUCGUUUCAAUAUUAUGUGUCACUUAUUAUCACUACGCGUGUCCGUGAUGUCCAUUAAAAUAAUAUUGAUGAAAUACCCAAUGAGGCAAUAAAUGAGGGGAAAGGCAAAAGUCACAAUAUACCUUCGUAUAAUAAAUGCCACCCACAYCUUCACGAUGCACUUAAUUAAUUGGUUGUAAGACCUCAUUAUAUUAUGCGUGAACUGCAGUUUGACAACAAAGUAAAAACUGCUUGCGACUUGCGAAGAGCGUUUUUGUUAUUGUUUGUAAGUGGCGGACAGAGACAACAGAAUAUAAUUUUGUCAUACGCUGAUGUAAUUUUAACAGUGAUUGCUGUGCGGCCGUCGCUCGUCGAUCGGAUAUAAUAAUAAUAAUAAUAUUAUGAUGCACCCAAACCGGAAAUAAUCGUAUUGUUCUGUAUUAAUAUAUAAUGCCAUCACACACCACCACCGGAAACGCGCCUAUCUGUAUACUCCAUACCGUACCUAACCGUUAUGGUCUACUAUUAUUGUUAUAUGGUUUUUUUAUGCCUAAAUACAACACGUAAUUUUAAUACAAAAUAUUAUUAUGUAUUUUUAUCGAUUUAUUGACGUUUAAUAGAAUUUGCUGGAAUAAUAUUUAAAACAUGAGAUAAAAAAAAAUUUUAAACAUAUUUCUUUCGCCGUAAAAAAGUAGUCAUACAAUAUGAUAUUUAUAUCGUCAUUGUGAAGUUACUAUAAUACUUAAUAUUAUAAUAAUUCUGUUUGGUACAGGGUAAUCUAAAAAAGUGUCCAAUUGUUUUUCCUAUUGGAUACAUCAAUGUUUUCAAGUUAUGAAUAAUUAUAAUAAUAUAUUGAA